CCCUCUCCCCUCUCCCCAGACCUCAGUUUGGUCACAGCAGUUGGGUGUUGCCUCUCUCUGGUCUCUCUGCUGGUAGCCCCACCGGUCCUGGUCCUGCUCCCCCAACUACACCACGCAUCGGCCACUCUGAACCGAGAUUCAAACUAAUUGGAACCAAGAGAUUGAACCUUUUAGACACAAACCAUCAAAACCCUCCAAUGGAUCAGCACAAGUAUCGCACGGCGGGCGUCCAGGAGAAGCUGGAGAUCAUCGGGGUGGAGGAUGAGGCCGGAAACCCCAUCAGCGCCCUCACCAUCCUGUCGCUGCUGGAGCGCGUGGCCGGCAUCAUCGACAACGUCCAGUCCUGCCAGCAGCGCAUGGAGGAGCGUCAGCUGGACCUGGAGAGCAACAUCAAGACCAUCCAGGGCGACGUCCUGAAGCUGGCCAAGGACCACACGGACACCAGCAGCACGGUGGAGAAGCUCCUGCAGAAGACCCGCAAAGUCAGCGCCAACGUCAAGGAGGUGCGGACACGUGUCGAGAAGCAAAACGUGCGCGUGAAGAAGGUUGAAACCACGCAGGACGAGCUGCUGACCCGCAACAAGUUCCGGGUCGUGAUCUAUCAGGGGGAGACAGAGAUCCCAUCAGUGGCCGUCACUAAGUCUCCUAAAGGACUCGGCCUGGAUGGGCUGGAGAUUGAGCCGGACUUCUACGAUGUCCCCGCGGACCUGUCCUCUGAUGAAGAGUACCUGAGCGUGGAGGAGACGGACUCCUCACGAGCUGCUCGCCUCAAGAAGUCAGUGGUGAAGAGCACAGAGUCCCUGAAGGCCGCCUUCUCCAAGGAGAAGAUGAACAAAACUAAAGACAACCUGGGCACCAGGUUCCACAACCUGGGCGAGAAGGUCAUGCCGCCCGAGCGCCGGGAGAGGAUGCACCAGGCCGGCGAGCGGCUGAAGCAGUCCGGCGAGCGGCUGAAGGAGAACAUCGCCAAGAAGGCUCCGAACAAAGAGACCUUCCGCAUCAAGCUGAAGAAGGAGAGGGCGGUGGCUGAGGGGCAGGAGGGCGCAGAGGCCGACCCCGAGGCCCAGGUCCAGGUGGAGGAUCCACAGGAGGCUUCUCCGGAGGUCGCCUACACCGAGGUGGGCCUUGAAACCAAGAGGGAGGGGCCAGUGGAGGAGGCCGGCGCCACCCGGAUAGGAUAGAGAGACAACAUGAAGAAGAUUGAACGUGACUGGACAGCGCGAGGGGAGGAGAGUCGGGAAACUCGUCUGUGAUUGGUCGACAACAAGGAUGGACAUUUUCAUUAGACUUGAGAUGAAAACAAAAUAUCAAUAUAUGAACUGGUUAUUUAUUAAAUGUGCAAAUUAAGGUCACGUGACUAUUAAAUGUUUUCACAGGUUUUAACAAACACAUCGACUGAACCACUUGAUCUGAAACAAACUGGGACGUGAAUGUGAGAAUCGCUCUUUGUGAUUUAGGUUUCAGUUUUUUGAUUUAAAUAAAAGGUAAAGUUGUGUUUGAUUAAAUUAUGAAUCCAGAAGAAAGAUUGUUAAGAUGUAACUGGGGUCAAAGUGCAGAUAAGUUUUAGGGUUCGAAGAAAAAUACCCGAGCAAGAAUUUGAUCAAACGUAGAAAAGAGGUUUUGAAGACUGAUCUCUGAUCUGGAUAUUGAACCGUGUGCGUCCUCAGCUGGUCUCUGAGAAGCCUGGUGGGACAGAACGUGGACUCUGAGGUUCUGUGAGGUCUCAAGUGGAUUGUGUGUUCCUGCGUCUCGACUGGAUCCUCUGGAGUCGUUCUCAUAUUCAAUAGAAUAAAAAUCAGUUCCAUCUGCUGUUCUGUCUCUGGUUUUUAAAAUCAGUUACGUUUUAAGGCUCCACCCACAUGACGAUGAUCUCUGAUCAGUUUUAAUCCUCGUCCACUAAAACACCUGAAAACAGAGAUCACAUGACCACUCAUGACCUCUGAGUGUGUGUGUGCCGGUGUGAACACACUGUUGAAUCACAUCUGGUCUCCUCACGUAAGUUGUCAGUAACACUUUGAUUCUCCAUGUUGUUUCUACUCUGGUAGCUGAGGCUAGAGGUCACAUGACAGGAACCUGACGAAUCACAGGAGGCUGCGUCGUGACCGAAAAGACCCAAUCAGCAAGAGGUUCCACGACACUGUUUCCAAUAUACAUGUUGUUAGUGACUUUAAGGUGGACUGAGCUCUGGUGUUAAUGGGUUUAAGGUGGACUGAGCACUGGUGUUAAUGGGUUUAAGGUGGACUGAGCACUGGUGUUAAUAGGUUUAAGGUGGACUUAGCUCUGGUGUUAAUGGGUUUAAGGUGGACUGAGCUCUGGUGUUAAUGGUUUUAAGGUGGACUGAGCACUGGUUAAAGUACGUUUAAGGUGGACUGAGCUCCGUGUUAGUGAAUAUAAAGCUGUUUUUGCACUGCUGCAUUUUAGCGUAGGAUUGUUUAACUUUAGUUUCCAGUUUUGCUGCUUGAUAUUUUCAUUUUGAAUUUGAAUGAACGUUUAUUUUCCUGGAGCGAUUAAUGAGAUCAGUUUUUUCAAUCAGAAAGUACUGUUUCUGGAGAAUCUUAGCUUUUAUUGCGCUGCCACUUUACAUUAGUUUGGUGUCUUGUUCUGAAAAGGAUACUUCCUGUAUGAUAAUAUCCAGCUUUGGUAACUCACACUAUUUGUGUCCCUGUGCUGCUGCUGCUGAGUGGAUUUACUGCAGUAGAUUAAUAGAAUUUGGUUUGAAUGUUUUUAAUAAGGUUUCAUUUCUAACUUAUGUCAGACUUUUUCAUUUUGGAAACAGUUCAGUUUCCAUUUUGUGUUUUUUUCUGCAAACUCAUCGACUGAAGAGCUGAGCUGGUGUUUGGGUCUGAGCCAACACGCAGCACCUCAACCGCUUUGUUCUGUUUUUUGUAUAAAUAAAGUUCUCAUGAAACCUC